AUGCAAGAUAAUGACCCAAAACAUACUGCAAGACUUGUUGAAGAAUGGUUUGAUGAAAAUGACAUUGAUGUUUUAGAAUGGCCUCCACUGAGUCCAGAUCUAAAUCUCAUUGAAGUAGGGAGGGGUUAUAUUAAGUGUAGGUUAGCAAAAAUGGGUAAGUUAAAAAAAUUCGAAUUGAGAGAGAAAAUUAAAGAUAUUUGGUAUUCAAUCCCUCAAGUUCUAAUAGCUAAGUAUGUUAAAAGCUUUUAUAAACGUGUAUUAGAAGUUUUUAAAGUAAAAGAUAAUAUUACCAAGUAUUAA